AUGGCCGCUAAACUAAAAAGCAUUCUACGCGAACGUGUGUGGUGGCCAGGCUUGGCCACUGAUGCGGAGAAUUGGGUGAAAACAUGCGAAAUCUGCGCAACGAACGGUCGCCCGGAGAAACCGACGCCGAUGAGAAGAAUUUUCGCGCCGCAGGCUGUACGGGAAACCAUUGCUUUAGAUUUUAACGGCCCAUACGCACGUUUUGGAGGUGUGUCGAUUUUGCUAAUUGUCGAUUACCGAUCAAGAUUCCUGAUUGCUCGCCCAGUGAAGUCAACCAGUUUUGAGCAGACUAGACAGGUGCUAGAAGGCGUAUUCGAACGAGAGGGUUUCCCGAAGUUUAUUCGUUCUGACAACGGGCCGCCAUUCAACGGCGAUGAUUACAAAAAGUACUGCUCCGAACGAGGAAUUGAGACCCAAUAUUCCACGCUAUUGUUUCCCCAGCAGAACGGCCUCGUCGAAAAUUAUAUGAAGCUUGUUAAUAAGGCGAUGGCAACAGCGGUGAGCAAUGGAACAUGCUUCAAGGAAGCGUUACAAGCAGCUGUGAACGCUCACAAUGCCGCGUCCCACUCGGUCACUGGGGUACCACCGGAAGAGGUUAUGCUUGGACGUAAAAUCAAGCGCCGACUUCCGUUGCUACAUCACACAAAAGCAAACUUUGACGAAGAAAUUCUCAACCAAAGAGACCGGUGUGAGAAGUUAAAGGCAAAGGAACGCGAGGAUGCUCGCAGGGGAGCUUGA